AUGACGGGGAACCUCAUAUUCGACGGAGUGACAAGUUAUAUUCAAUACCUAGUCAUCUACUAUUACAGAGUCGGGGGGCACAGCUCUCGUCCUGCUUUACCCACCGAGGAUACCAAAAACACACGCUCGCUCUGCGAUCAGCUACCGAAUGUGCCGCAAUCGGUGUUCUCCCCGAUCGCAGCCGAAGUCGUCGCCUACAAAGGCUCCGUCAACCGCUCGCGCCCGCACAACGUCGCUUUGCUCGCGAGUCGCACUCCGCUAGCCGCCAUGAAGAGUAUACAUCCCGUCCUGCUCGUCUCUGCGGCGCUAUUGAGCGUCACAGUAGCAAGCACCAGUUUUACUCAGGGCCUCACGCCGAAAAAGUACAUCAACCUUCCCCUUGGCGAUGUCAAGCCCGGUGGAUGGCUGCAGGAUUUCCUCGCACCACGAGCCCAAGUUGGAAAAGCGGAAGGUUUCUACCAAUAUCUAUCCCGUGCAGACACGGAAUGGGUCGCGAGACGGGCGCCGGUUUACUCCAUCGAAGGAGGGAUAGCUUACACCGCCAUCUCCACCACAUCGCGGCGGAGCAGCCGGAAGCCACUGGUUCAUGCUCACCCUCACGUUGACACGCAGAACGACAUGGUCACCAUCGCCGGCAUCUCCGAAAACCAGGUUCUCCUAUCUCAGACGGAGCAGUUUCUGGACUAUUACAUCGAUACGCAGGACGCAGAUGGCUGGCUUGGCCCGGAAGUCACUACGGGAAGGCCGCGCCGGCUCUCCGCAAGGCGAGCCUAUUACGUGAAGCUUCCGUUCCUCCUGGGGGCGAUGCGCAUCGCCGAUGCGAAGCCCGCCCGAGCCGAUCGAAUUGCAGCUGGCUUGCAUAGAUUCGUGGCGCUCGUGCACGACAUGCUGCGCCGGGGCGAGGGGCUGGAGGAUGACGCCUCAGUGUACGCCGGGGAUCUGCUUGUAGUACUUCAAUGGCUCUAUGAGUUCCACCCGAGCGGACAUGAGGACGUCCUUAUGGAGAUCAUGCUUAUGCUCUCGCAGACCGGAGAGUCCUUGACACCCGUCUUCAGAGAGGAGGUACUGUUUAUACGCCGAAGAUGCGAUAGUCGCCACACUGACUCGGACAAGAAUUUCCCCAGGGCGGACCCGACGCAGCAACACUGGCAGCUCCCCGACGUCGGGAUCCAAUGGCACGCCAUGAACGCAGCGAAGGCGCUCGCCACUCUGGGCGCGAGGCACCGUCUCAGCGACAAUGGCUCUGACGAUACUGCGUGGGAUACGAUCUUGACACCGCACGGACAACCAUCCGGCCUCUUCGCGCCUUCCAUGCACAUCGGCCGGUAUUGGGAAGAAGGAUGGAAACCAUACGCUCUCAGCGGGGACCUCAUAUACUUGGAAAACGUGGAGCGCAUCGCGCACGCAGCUGUACUAGCUCCACAAUCAUUCAAUCUUAGCCCAGGGUCUUGGGGGAUCACCAGCAGUCUCUCGCUGUGUAGAGAGACGCACACUUCGAAUGGGCCGUACGAAGACUUGUUGGCAUACAGCGGCGACAAUCCGACAUGCACUGCUGUCCUAUAUCCCGAAGGAGCCUUCGAUCUGAUCUACGGGGCGUUCCUGUACACAGCGGACCGCAAGUCCCUUAUCCAAGUCCUGCCCGGGCCCUUCACCGUAAACACAACGCUUGCAGAAGACAACCAGGUCGUGAUCUCAGUUAACUCGAGCUACCCUUAUAGCUGGGACACACUCUCCCAAGGAGUCAUUGUCGCUCAGAAGACGUUUAUGUACUACACGCGCAUCCCCAAGUGGUCAACGGGUGCGACGAUCUCCGUCAACGGGAGCGAUCCGGGCCCUUGCUCGCCGGUUGACGGGAUGCACGCUUUCCGCGUGGAACCAGGGACAACAAACUUCACGCUCAAUCUUCCCUUGGACAUUGUCGCAGACCAGCUGCGCCCGGGACACGUCGCAGUCAGCCGCGGCCCAGUCCUCUAUGCCUUCGACGAGUGGUACCCGCUCGGCGCCGACAACGCGAUCCAUCGGGGAAUGCACUACGCAAUAGACCCGUCGACGGUGUCCCUAAGCCCCGCCAAGAUGCGAUCACUCAGACCAAUCUGGCGUGACGCGGGCCAUACGCUCACCGUUGUGGCGUGUCCAACCGCGGGGACUAAGGAUAAUCACCUCUUCGCGGAAGAUCAAAAUGCGGCGACGUGCGUGGGCCCGGCGAGGAAUAUCACAUUGAUACCGGCCGUGGACGCGAUCUUCCCCGAACACGCGGUGAGGGAGUUCCCCACUUUCAAAAUCUCCGACAUAGCGUAG